UGAAGCAUGUGGUGUGCUGGAUCCCUUUCACCGGAGCCGGUGACAGAUUGUGUCAGAAAUAUCAAAUAAGAAAAUGUAUGCGGUACGCCAGUCACGUGGCGAGCUGGCUGCCAAAACCUGAUCGAGUCCUGCGCCGGCCGUGGUUGGUAAAGCCCACACGCCCACCCCCGGUGAAGUACGCCGCUUCCUCCGCUGCUUCUUUCCGUCUCUCUUUAAAUUCGAAGCAGAGCUCUCUUCGUGACGGUUCAGCGAGCGGAAGCAUUGUCCUAUUCCGGCCGAGAUCCUCCGCGCGGUGGUCGGACGGACGUACGGGAUAGGUACGGUUUGCACGGGAUGGGAGCUGAGAGUUCGGAGAGCUUGUGGUUCGCUUCGAAUCCGAGCAAGAGAUGGGGAGAGGCCUUCUUUUUGCUCUACACGCCCUUUUGGCUCACCCUCUGUCUCGGGAUCAUCGUCCCCUAUAAGCUUUACGAGAAAUUCACAGAAUUGGAGUAUCUUAUCCUCGGGUUGGUUUCCGCUGCCCCAGCUUUCUUGAUACCACUUCUGAUAGUGGGAAAGGCAGACAACGACAAAUGCUGGAGAGAUCGGUAUUGGCUGAAGGCAAAUUUGUGGAUUAUAAUUUUUAGCUAUGUUGGAAACUACUUCUGGACUCAUUAUUUCUUCACGGUUCUUGGAGCAUCAUACACUUUUCCAUCAUGGAGGAUGAACAAUGUUCCACAUGUAACUUUCCUUCUUACUCAUUCGUGUUUUCUAUUUUACCACAUGGCGUCUAAUAUAACACUUCGUAGACUGCGCCAUUCCAUUGCUGAUUUGCCACAGUCAAUUCGAUUGGUUACUGAAGCUGCAUGGAUAUUGGCUCUUUCUUAUUUCAUUGCUUACUUGGAGACUUUAGCUAUUUCAAAUUUUCCUUACUAUGAGUUUGUUGAUCGGGAAUCAAUGUACAAAGUGGGAUCACUCUUCUAUGCAAUUUAUUUCAUCGUGAGCUUCCCUAUGUUCUCAAGAGUGGAUGAGAUAGAUGAUGAACCAUGGGACCUUCCAAGAGUGGCCGUUGAUGCAUUGGGUGCCGCGAUGCUUGUAACUAUAAUACUUGAUUUAUGGCGAAUAUUUCUUGGACCGAUAGUUCCCAUUCCAAAGUUAGGGCAAUGCAAUAGUCAGCCAGGGCUUGCAUGGUUCCACAUGCCACAAAGCUUCAUUCAGAAUCAAAGCAUGUGACUUAUAGGUUGUUUCCCCUUCUUAGGCAAGCUUUAACUUAUACAGUACCAAUUGACAUCAUUGUUAAGCUAGGAAUUAGACCUUCCAGUUUGCAUUGGUUCUGCUAAGUUCUUUUAUAUUUUAGCUCAGUUUGGUUAAACCAGAUAGCCAGCAAUGCUGAUCUUUGUAUUUGCAAUGUAAUCUUUCAUGGUUAGACACCCAAGUGCUUUGUUAUGUUUA